CAGGUAAAACAGCUUUUUAUUUUUACAGAUUCUGAACAUUACUUACUUGUUAAGCUGGCCACCUCACACCGCAAAGUUUAUUCCAAAAUUGAAUACAACGUUGAAGGUAAAAACACCGUAGCGCGCGGCGCGUGACAGCUACCAGGCGAGCUCGUGUUUCUCGCCGUUGUACCAAGCUUCGCAGGCCAUUCACAAUCAACCCGACAAUGAUUUCAAUCCAAGACUGUCGCAUACUGUCGAUUCAAAGUCACGUCGUUUCUGGCUACGUUGGAAACAAAUGCAUCGCUUUCCCGCUGCAGAUCUUGGGAUUCGACGUGGACACGGUGCAUACGGUGCAGUUUUCCAACCACACGGGUUACCCGGUAUGGAAAGGUCAGGUGACCGACACCGACGACUUAGAAGCGAUCCUGAGUACUCUCGACACGUCUGUCUACACGCAUGUCAUGACGGGCUACAUUUCGUCGGGGGCGCUGCUGGAGCGUGUGCGCGACCUCGUCGCCGAAAUGAAGAAAGCCAAUCCCGAAGUGGUGUACGUCUGCGAUCCAGUAAUGGGCGACCACGGUUUUCUUUACGUCCCUGCCGAACUGGUGCCCAUCUACAAGAAAGACCUACUCCCAAUGGCCGACAUUGUGACGCCAAAUCAAUUCGAAAGCGAGCUGUUAACCGGCAUGACGAUCCACGACGAAGGGGGAGCGCUCGACGCCAUGGAAGCACUUCACGUAAUGGGCGCCACGUCGGUCGUCAUUACGUCGACUACGGUGGAGAACAACGCAAACACGCUGGUUGUAUUCGCCAGUAAGCGCACCGGGGACAGGAUGACGUCACUACGCGUAGACGUGCCGCGCGUGGAUGCGCAAUUCUGCGGAACAGGCGACCUGUUUGCAGCCAUCCUAGUGGGCUGGAUGACAAAGUCGAACAACAACUUGCGUGUGUCUAUCGAGAAGACUGUGUCUACCAUACAAGCAGUGCUAAAGAAGACCUUCAGACAUGCCCAGAACAUGCACACAGAGACGGAACUCAAGUACACCAGCCACGAGUUGGAGUUGCGCCUUGUUCAAAGUAAAGACGAAAUAGAGGAGCCACCGCAGAACUUCAAGUCCGUGGCUCUCACCUGAAGUCGUGGCAACACCAGUGUGUGUCAAUAAACGUGUCACCCUGCCCGAAGUUGUUUUCGCUGUUGCAGGUGUUCAGUCAUUUUCUGUAAAGGAUAUAAAAAGGGAAGAACUCCGACACGUA